AUUUUGACAUGUCUUUUGUAUGAAAAUAGUAAAAACAAGUUUACAUACGUAAGACGUUUUAACCGAAACUUGUUGUCGUUUCAUACUGAACAAUCAAGAAUUCAACAGAAAUUUCACAACAACAGAACCACUUUUCUAAGUAUUGGAACGAUGGAGAAGAAGUUGGUGUGUCUGACAGUUGUCGCGUGGUGUGUUGUCAUCGUCAAUGCGAAGUACAGACCAGAAGAUUGUGAAGCAUGUGUGAACUUUGUGAAGGCAUUCGAUGAAACUGUAUCAGACAAUACACGCAAAGAUAAGGACAAGAUCAAGACAGAAUUAUUAGCCUUUUGUAAAAAAACCACAACCAAAGAAUAUGAAAGAAUUUGUUAUUAUAUCGGAGGGCUGGAGACAUCAGCUACAGGCAUGCUUAAUGAAAUCACAAGACCUUUGUCAUUUAAUAAACCAGCAGAAAAGAUUUGUGAAACAUUGAAUAAGAAAGAUUCCCAGAUUUGUGAAAUAAAAAUAAAAAAGAAGAUGAACCUUGCCGAGAUAGACCUGAAGAAGCUACGCGUGAAGCAGCUGAAGGAAAUUCUCAGUGACUGGGACCGCAGUGAUGCAUGUAAAGGAUGUGCAGAGAAAUCAGACUUCAUACGUACAGUAGAGGAACUCAUGCCAAAAUAUGAUCCAGCUGCAUACAAACUACGACAACAGAAGCAAGAGCUAUAGAACAUAGAUUUAGAUUAUUUUUUUCAAAUUUUAUUUAUAACUUUUUGAGAGAAUACAGAGAGAGGGAGAUAUUGUGUAUGAUUGACAUUGAUGUAUGCUCUGGUGUGUUUCUUCAACAUUUGUUCAUGUCAUGAUGCUAAUUAAAUGUUGUUCAGAACAAAGAAGAGUUUGAUAUUGGUCAGUACAAAUGUGAAAAAUUAUGUUUUCUGAAUGGAAUGAAUGUUAAGGCUAGAAUUCUGCAAAAAUGUAUUUCUUAUCAAUGAAUUAAAAAUUUUUGUUCAUCCUAUUUACAAGCUUAGAUUUAUACAAGACAUCAUUUUCCAUUAUGAUAUUUAUUGAAUAUUGUCAAAUUAACUUGGAGUUUAAAAUAUUGCAUAGUAUAACUAAAAGUAAUAGACUAACAGUGGUCUUUAUUUGGACAAUUUUCUAUCCUAAACAAUCACGGUUAAGAUAUAUGUCAAGGUUAGAUAAUCUUUUAGAGCUUUCUGAUGACUAAAUCUAGAUUUUUAUUCAAAGUUGAAACCAUUAAUUUUUUAAUAAUGUUUGCCAACAUGCUUCAUUUUAUAUUGUCAGUAGAGGACGCAUGAUUGGAAAAUUUAAAGCUUAUUACUGGAGAAAUGAAUUAUUCAGAUAUGGUGAAAGCACUAUAAAAGGUAGUGCUAUUAAAGAUUUAUGUGGCCUCUUGCUUUUACAUUUUAUGUUGUCUCUGAAGGCAUGAGUCACUCGAAUAAACCUGUCAAUAUUAAAUGUUAUGUCAUUAAUGGAUUUAAGACUGUGUAGAUUAUUUUUGAGAUUUAGACAAUGACUGAUGCAGGAUUAAAGGAGUCAGUAAGUGGAAUAGGUAAUGACAGAUUUACAGAAUGAAAGUUUGUUGUGUUGUUUUCCAUUAGUAAAACUAAUUGCAUGUGCACAUGUCAGUUGAACAGCGUAAAUGGAUAAAGAUUGUGUGGAUAAUUUCUGCUAAUGUGUGUAAACUGUUGAGCACUGCUGUUACUGGUUUGGAAGUUAUUGUAAAUCCACUUGUUUUGAUUUACCUGUUAUAUCAUAUGUGGUAAAAAUGUCCUCCGAUAUCUCUGAAAAUACCUGUACUGGGAGGUAGUUCUAUUUCAACGAAUAUGUUGAGUAUGAAGGAUGUUGAUCUGAAUCUUCCUGAAUUCUGGAUUGGAUUCAUGGAGGUCUGGAUUGGAUUCACUGAGGUCUGGAUUGGAUUCAUGGAGGUCUGAAUUGAAAUCAUGGAGGUCUGGAUUGAAACAAAUCAGACAAAGCAUUAUUUCUUGAAUCCCAACACAGAAAAACUGGAAAUUAAAUUUACCGAUAAAGAUACUUGUAAACUUUGACAUAAAGAAACAAACCCUUUGAUCUGUUGAGUACAGUCUUCAGCCAUUUUUUGUCAGUAGACAUGGAAGUAUUGUUUGACCAGCAGAUGUCACUUUGUCUAUAAAGAGAUGUUUUGAAUGUGAUAAAAAGUGUUUGAUUUUUACAGAAACUCGAGAGCUUUUAGACUUUUAUUGAAAUAUUUCAGGUUUGCUUAGUGUCCAGAACAAAAUUGAUGACCUCUUAGAUUCUGAAGACAAUAGAAAGUACAUUCUAGUUUAAUCAGUGUUCAGUAGACAUGAAGGAAUGGCCUUUUAGCCAGCUUCCAUGAUGCUAUGAUCAUGUUCAUUCUGUGUGAACACAUUGUCAGAGACGUGUAGUGUUUAUCUUGAACAGAUUAAGGUACAGAAUAAAUCAAGGAGUACUCGGGUUCUGGCAAUCAUUGGAUGCUGUAGAUACACAUAUCGGAAUCCAGUGUUAACCUUUAAAUAACAACAUCAAAAUGCUUGUCCAGACAUGCUAAAAGAAUAUUUUCAUGACAAUUCAUAAUAUCUCAUUUCCACAUGAUCAUUAGGAAUUUGUCCAUUUCAUAUUAAUUCACUCGUGUAUCACCUGCAUAUAUGUUUUUUUUAAUGUUUGUUUUUUUUCUAUAUAUUCAUGUAUUGUUGAUUCGGCAGGUUCGAAUCAGUAAAGUGAUAAAGUAACAAUGCAUCAAAAUUCAGGAAUGAAAUUAAGAAUAAGACAAUUUUCAAAUAAAUGACUUAAUUGCUGUUUUGAUAAACAAUGGAAUGAAUUGGAUUGUUUCUUAAAAAUCAAAAUAUAAUUUCAUACAUUUAUUGUUAAUUUUUUUUUUCGAAUUACAUUAUACUAAGUUGGAAUUUUGGAGUAUGUAUAUUAAUAAUGCUUUGGCACUUUUUUUUCAAAUGCUUAAUGUACAUUCAUUUUUUAAAAAAAAUAUCACAAUAGUUUUUUCACCACUUAAAUGUUGAAGAAUGCUGCACAGUACUCCAUAUUUCUGAGGUAUUUCUGCAAUUUGGAUGAUAUCACAUAAGUUAAGUAUCCAAAUGUCAGUGUGUCUAAAGGCCUCUACACCUCCCAGCAAAACAUAUUUUUGAUUAAAAAGUAUAUUCUAAUAUGUAUACAGACAUGACAUUUUUAGUAAGCACUAAGAUGUUACAUUGUAAAACAUAUGUCCCGGUCAUUCAUUAUAGAGAGAAACAUGGUUGUAAUAUUGAAUCU